ACAGAACCGUUCUCGGUGACGCUAUGCCACAGUAAGAGCCGUGCUCACGCGCGCAGUGAUCGUGGAAGAAUCGGUACGGGAUACACGUGUGUUUUCGCGAAUCGAACGAGACCGAGAGUGAAGAAGAGCCUCGAUUGCUGGUGUUGAAAAAAUUUUUAGUAACAGGUUAAAACGCAACAAUGUUCGACGUAUUCGGCUCGGUGAAGGGACUGUUGAAGCUCGACGCCGUGUGCAUCGACAACAACGUGUUCCGGCUCCACUACAAGGCGACGGUGAUCAUACUGAUCGCCUUCUCGUUGCUGGUCACGUCCAGACAGUACAUCGGUGACCCCAUAGAUUGCAUCGUGGACGAGAUACCUCUCCACGUGAUGGACACCUACUGCUGGAUCUAUUCGACGUUCACCAUCCCGGACCGGACCGGGAUCGUGGGCAAGGACCUGGUGCAGCCGGGCGUAGCGGCCCACGUCGAGGGCGAGGACGAGGUCAAGUACCACAAGUACUACCAGUGGGUGUGCUUCACGCUCUUCUUCCAGGCGAUACUGUUCUACGUGCCACGGUACCUCUGGAAGACCUGGGAGGGGGGCCGGAUCAAGAUGCUGGUCCUCGACCUGAACUGCCCGGUGAUGAGCGAGGACUGCAAGGUGGAGAGGAGGAAGCUCCUGGUCGACUACUUCGUCAGCAACCUGCACACCCAGAACUUCUACGCGUUCCGAUUCUUCCUUUGCGAGGUGCUGAACUUCGUGAACGUGGUGGGCCAGAUAUACUUCAUGGACUUCUUCCUGGACGGGGAGUUCACCACGUACGGCUCGGACGUGAUGAAGUUCACCGAGAUGGAGCCCGAGGAGAGGAUCGACCCCAUGUCGCGCGUCUUCCCCAAGGUCACCAAAUGUACGUUCCACAAGUACGGUGCGUCCGGGACGGUGCAGAAGUUCGACGGGCUGUGCGUGCUCCCGUUGAACAUCGUCAACGAGAAGAUCUACGUGUUCCUCUGGUUCUGGUUCAUCAUCCUGUCGGUGCUUAGCGGGCUGACCCUCGCCUACCGUGCCGCGGUCGUCGCCGGACCGAAGCUUCGUCUGGUGCUGCUGCGCGCCCGGUCGCGGCUCUCGCCCCAGGACCACAUCGAAACCAUCGCCGAGAAGUGCCAGAUCGGCGACUGGUUCGUCCUCUACCAGCUCGGCAAGAACAUAGACCCGCUGGUUUACAAGCAGCUCGUCUCGGACCUCGCCACCAAGCUCCAGGGAAAAGAAUCCGUCUAGUUCUAGUUUCGUUCCUUUAUUUUCGCAUUUUUCGAUACCCUCGGCCCCGCCUACGCACAUCCGGUUUCGAACAGAAAUUGCAGCUGGGUCGGAAGGGUCGGUGUCUCUUCGUUCUUACUUCGGUCGGCGCGACGGUGACGGGGAAACUUUCGGUCGAACAACUAUCGCACAACUGUCGAACGAUUUAUCUAUCUACAGGGUGUCUCAAACAUUUUGUAACACAUUGAAAAGGCUGGUUCGGGAGGUG